AAAGAGAAACCCUACAAAGGGCACUGCGUUCGACUGCCAUUCCUUCGCUUCCAGGAAGCGAUGGGGAGCGAUAGUGAAGCCGAAAAGUCGGUGCAGAAGGAGAAGGAGAAGGAGAAGAAGAAAAUGCUCGGUCUGUCUCCAAUUGCCAAGCCUCUGGCUGGGAAGAAGCUCUGCAAGCGAGCUCUUAAACUUGUUCGUCGAGCUUCUGAGCACAAGUGCCUAAAGAGAGGAGUAAAGGAGGUGGUUAAAAGUAUAAGGCGUGGUCAUAAAGGAUUAUGUGUUAUUGCUGGCAAUAUAUCACCAAUUGAUGUGAUUACCCAUCUUCCUAUCUUAUGAGAAGCUGAAAUCCCAUACAUAUACGUUCCAUCGAAAGAAGACCUUGCAAGUGCAGGAGUGACCAAGAGGCCAACUUGCUGCGUUUUGGUGAUGACCAAGCCUGCUAAGGGGGAAUUAGAUAAAGGGGAACAGGAAAAACUAGAGUCAGAUUAUGAUCAAGUUGUAUCAGAAGUUAAUGAGGUUACUGCUUCUCUUUUUGAAGCACAAAUUCAUUUGUACUCUCUUUUGGUCAGUUAAAGCAUUUUACCUCGGAUAAAUGGCUGAUAUGAUAUCAUCUAUCAAAGGAUUGCUUUUAAA